CCGACCUGCCGGAGAUCGCCGGGGGAGGAGGCGCAGCAGGGGGAGGCGGCGGCGGCGGCAGGAGCAGCAGCAGCCCGGGCGGCGAGCUGAAUGGCAUUAAAAUGGUGGACGAACCUAUGGAGGAGGGAGAACCAUAUUCCUCUAAUGAUGAAGGGAGUUUCAAAGAGAUACCUAUUACCCACCAUGUAAAAGAAGGAUGCGAAAAAGCGGAUCCUGCACAAUUUGAAUUGCUUAAAGUCCUUGGUCAAGGGUCAUUUGGAAAGGUUUUCCUUGUGAGAAAAAUAAUUGGUCCUGAUGCUGGGCAUCUGUAUGCAAUGAAAGUUCUGAAGAAGGCUUCAUUGAAAGUUCGAGACAGAGUUCGCACAAAGAUGGAGAGAGAUAUAUUAGUAGAAGUAAACCAUCCAUUUAUUGUCAAACUGCACUAUGCCUUUCAGACUGAAGGGAAGCUAUAUUUAAUAUUGGAUUUUCUCAGGGGAGGAGAUGUGUUCACAAGAUUAUCCAAAGAGGUUAUGUUUACAGAGGAAGAUGUGAAAUUCUACCUCGGAGAACUGGCUCUAGCUUUGGAUCAUCUGCACAGCUUGGGAAUUGUAUACAGGGACUUGAAGCCAGAAAACAUUUUGCUUGAUGAAGCAGGACAUAUCAAGUUAACAGACUUCGGCUUAAGCAAAGAGUCGGUUGAUCAAGAAAAGAAAGCAUAUUCUUUCUGUGGUACUGUAGAGUACAUGGCCCCUGAAGUUGUGAACAGGCGGGGCCACAAUCAAAGUGCUGAUUGGUGGUCGUUUGGUGUUCUAAUGUUUGAAAUGCUCACUGGUACACUACCUUUUCAAGGUAAAGACCGAAAUGAAACUAUGAAUAUGAUACUCAAAGCAAAACUUGGAAUGCCACAAUUCCUUAGCCCUGAAGCUCAGAGUCUUCUGAGGAUGCUGUUUAAAAGGAAUCCUUCAAACAGGCUAGGGGCUGGUCCUGAUGGGGUUGAAGAAAUAAAGAGGCAUCCCUUCUUUUCAACCAUUGACUGGAAUAAACUUUACAGGAGGGAGAUCCAGCCUCCAUUUAAACCUGCUUCUGGAAGACCAGAAGACACUUUUUGCUUUGAUCCAGAAUUCACAGCAAAAACUCCCAAAGAUUCUCCAGGAGUUCCACCAAGCGCUAACGCACAUCAGCUCUUCAAAGGUUUCAGUUUUGUUGCAACAAGCACUAUAGAGGACCACAAAAUCACUCCUCUCAACAACAUUUUGCCAAUAGUUCAGCAACUUCAUGGGAGCAGUGCACUCUUCACAGACGCCUAUGAACUCAAAGAAGACAUUGGUGUGGGCUCCUACUCCGUGUGCAAGCGCUGCACCCAUACCGUUUCCAACAUGGAAUUUGCUGUGAAGAUAAUUGACAAAAGUAAGAGAGAUCCUUCUGAAGAAAUUGAAAUCUUGAUGCGCUAUGGGCAGCACCCUAACAUUAUUACUUUAAAAGAUGUGUACGAUGAUGGUAAAUAUAUCUACCUUGUCACAGAAUUGAUGAAGGGCGGUGAGCUUCUGGAUCGUAUUCUCAGACAGAAGUAUUUCUCAGAACGAGAAGCGAGUGCUGUUUUAUAUACUAUCGCUAAAACUGUGGACUAUCUGCAUUGUCAAGGAGUUGUGCAUCGGGAUCUUAAACCAAGUAAUAUUUUAUAUAUGGACGAUUCUAAUAAUGCUGAUUCUAUCAGGAUUUGUGAUUUUGGCUUUGCAAAGCAACUCCGGGGAGAGAAUGGACUUCUCUUAACGCCUUGCUACACUGCUAAUUUUGUGGCACCAGAGGUUCUCAUGAGGCAAGGCUAUGAUGCUGCUUGUGAUAUUUGGAGCUUGGGUGUUCUCCUUUAUACAAUGCUGGCAGGGUACACACCUUUUGCUAAUGGUCCCAAUGAUACCCCUGAAGAAAUCUUGUUACGAAUAGGUAGUGGAAAAUUUUCUUUAAGUGGAGGCAAUUGGGACACUGUGUCAGAUGCUGCAAAGGAUUUGCUAUCUCAUAUGCUACAUGUAGAUCCACAUCAAAGAUAUACUGCAGAGCAAGUUCUGAAACAUUCAUGGAUAGCCUGUAGGGAUCAAUUGCCACAUUACCAGCUAAACAGGCAAGAUGCACCACAUUUAGUGAAGGGGGCCAUGGCUGCCACAUAUUCUGCACUGAAUAACAAGACAUUUCAGCCUGUUUUGGAGCCUGUUGCAGCUUCAAGCUUAGCUCAGCGGAGAAGCAUGAAAAAACUAACAUCCACAGACUUAUAGGUCAGCUGGGGCAUUUAGCUCAUGUGGAACAGAGAAAAAAAGCAUCUAAGAAGCAGCUCUGUAUUUGCCUGCCCUGUGAAUUAAAAGGCAAAUACAAGUUCCUCCUACGCUACUUGAAUUCAGUUGAAGAAAGGAAAAAACAACCACAACAACCCUCUACCAGUUUAGAGGUUUUAUUGCAGUUAGUAGAUUGAUGUCAGUAGCAUCAAGGUACUUCGCAACGAUUGUGAGGGAUUUCGGUACACAUUCAUUUCUGAGAUCUAUUGCAUUAUGUUAAUACUUUUAAAUACUGUAUAGUUUUCACCCGGUUUAUAAUGAUAUGUAUUAGGGGACCAUAGACACUGCUCCAGUUGUAAAUUUAAAUUCAGAAGAAAAAGUCAGUGUUUUAAUAUUUUUGCUAUCUUGGCCCUGUUGUAAAGAAAAAAAGAAAACGAAAAGAAAAAAUCCAUUAAACAUGAUGUGCUCUGGUUUUGUAAAUUGGUCACCUUACCAAUGGACUCCAUUCAUUUAAUUUAUUGGUACAGCAAGCCGAGGACCAUUGGGAUGGAUAUCCUGGUGUAAAAUGUGUGAUGGAAGCCCUAAUUUUCUGUUUGUGUUAGGCAAUUAUCUAUAAAAACUAAUGUACAGGUAGAAUAAUCCAUGGACAUACACUGAGAUGAUAGUGUGUAAGCCUUCAUUAGAGCUGUAGAUUUGGUCAACCUAGCCGUGUCUUAAGGCUUUUGAAGAGUGGCGGUUGUUAGGAAAAUAAAUAAUCUGUUGUACUUUAACAUUAUGUAUGACAUCACCAUCAUUGGAGCUUUUCAAGAAGGGGUAAGUAGGUCUCUGCUUGAUAUACUCUACUUUAGAUACAGAGUAAGGUAUGUGGAAUUUACCCUGUAUCUAAAAGGCACUGAGUUGAUCUCAGCUCCUCCAGUAUUGUGAUCUCAUGUCCUAAGGCUUAGAUUUGUUUCAUCACCUGUGAACAUUUGUGCAAUACAGUCUGUGCUCAUUUCAUUUCACCAUAGGAGGACGGACACUGCCUUUGCACUGAAAUUCUAGACGCAAGCCUGCCAUAGAAAGAGACCUUAACACUUGAUUGGUAUUAAGACAAAACAAAUCAAGCUACCUUAGAAAUGCACUGUGCUCUCUAUUGUUCUUCCCUUCAUGGUUUUUGGUUGUCAUUGUGGCUGAAUUUUCUCAUCCUGGGAUAGCAUUUUAUUCACCCUAAGUUGUAAGAUAGUGAUGUUUUUAAUCACACACCGUAUUUCACAACAGACUUUAUUUAUUCACACACUGAAAAGUUCUCUGGUGUCAUUUUUUUCUGACAUUUUAUAAAGAUUUUUGAAGAUAAAUGCUUCUAUUAAUGUCUUUUUUCCCCCUUUUCUUUCCUUUUUAAUAUCAACUUUGCUAUCUGCUGGAAAGGUGCAAGCUUUAAAGAAUUUCUUGAGCUUUUCUGACCCAAGCUUUAAGAUGCUUCAAUGGGGAGAAACUUCUGCUCUCAGUCCGGCUACAUGUACAGUAAUGGCCCAUAAAUUCAAUGGGAAGGAGAAAGCCAAUGACGAUCAGAAUGAUGACUGGGAAAAAUCAGGAGAUUGGUCAAGUUAACCCAUAUUGGAUAUAGAUUAAGUUUUCUUAGAAAAUGCAUCUUAGAAGAUUCCCUCCUCUGCCCCCACCCCCAAAGAAAGAUAUGCUAAUAUGGAUUCCUGAGUUAUUUUCUUGUAAAAUGAGAUUAAAGAGGUUGAUCAAAAUCCUAAGAAUAUAGAAUCAACUGUUUUGAUUGCAAGUUCCUUGAAUAACCGUUAAUGAAUUAGAGAGCUUGUUGCAAGAGAUCUUUUUUCAUACAUAUGUAUAUAUAUAGAGAGAGAGAGAACAUGCGAAAGAGUUCUGAAUAUUAUGUUGAAUAAUACUUUAUUCUUUUAUUGAUGGAUUCAUUUGGGAUUAAAUAAAACUGCUCAGGCUGAAGUCUGAAAAUAGAAUGCCUUUUUAAAAUUCAUUAAAUGUUCUCAAAUAUGAAUAGGCAAUUGGAAAUGCUCGGCAUAAAAUAUUUGAGGAAAAAGACCACCUUUUCCAUCCAUUUCAGUAGCAAAGAUUUAUUUGGCUUAAACUCAACCUCCUUCCUUUAAGGAGCUCAGCAUAUGAUCUAAGUUAUAUGUUUCUUUUUAUAGCACAUAGGAAAUCGGACUUAUCUCAAGUUAGAAUAAAUGUACUUCUAGACAAUUAUUGUCCAUUCUGACUGGCAGGAAAUCAACAAAUCUCAGGGGCUUUUCAACAACUAACCUUCAGAGCCUUUUAACUGAUUUGAAUCUUAACCCUAAUUAGGAUAACUGAGAAGCAGUUGGCCUUACAUCAUCAGGAAGAAAGUGUUGCUUUGCUGGGAUAUGAACUCAGCCCACAAAUCCUAGUUUGACAUUCCGGGCAUCCUGAAUGAGCACUGAACAUUCCAAGUUUUGCUAAUUAAUUAAGUUUGAGGGAGAUGGUUAAAUAAUUGAAGAAUCCUGUACUGGAAGAGCAGAGUAGCAAAUAGGUACUCUUAGUCAACAGAAAAUUACUUUUGAAAUCACACUAGAUUCAAGGAGAAUUGCAAUUAAGACUGGAAAAAUAUAGUUUUGGUCAUCUAUAGUACUGUGCCUUAACCACAAAAAAUAACUGACUUGAAGGAUUGGUGAUUUCAGUGUGAACAGUUGUAGACAGCUGAGUAUAUUGUGGGUUUUUAAAUCAGUUUUCUGGUAUUAUAAGCAUGUUUUAGGCCAUUGAAAUAGGGAUAUCCGCAGUGUCUACAGGUGGUGGGCCAAAUGGGCAAGAAAGUAGGCAGAAUGUCAUGAGGCAAGUCCCUCCCCUUUUGUCUGUGCGUGCAAAGAAGGCUGGUCUUGCAUCGUGACACCAUGUCUGCCAUCCUGCCCAUUUUGGCACAUCCCCCACCUAGCAGAUGCCCUUAAGCAUCAUAUUUUUAAAGAGCAAAAUAAGGGUCAAUCAGUGCUCAUAAACCAGAAAAACAUCUAAAAUCAGUAGUUUUCACACAGCUCAUGUCAUUUCUUAUUGGGAUGGGGGGAAAGAUGGUAGUGGAAUAGAGCAAUGUAAAAUCUUUUGCCAUGCAAGGAAAGCCAGAUAUCAACCCAUGAAUGUUCACCCUGAUCCAUGCAUACUUUUGCCAUAAUACAUGUGAUAGUCUUCCAGGUGCCACCAGGCUUAUUAUUUAUAUAUGUCUUUGCUGCAACAAGUAGGGUGCUGUGGGCAGGGAGGAGAUAAAGCUUUCUCCAGCAGCUCUUUUGUUACAGUCAGAAUAGAAUUGCCAGUUAAGACUGAUGAUCAAACAUCCAUGGCAAUAGAAUGCAUUGCUCUGGGUCAUUGUUCCCAACGGGCUGUUUUCCAGAUGUGAUGGACUUCAGUUCCCACUGCCUCAUUGCUCAUACUGUUAAGGGAUUAUAGAGAUUGUACUCCAACAUGCUUGGAGGGUGCAGGGUUCAGGAAGCAUGCUGUACUGUCUCGCUAUCUUAUAGUAGGAGAAGAAAUGUGGCGAUGAGAGAUUGUGUUUUUUUGUACUUCAUGAGGCAUCCUGAUCUGAACAGGAUUGAGGGCUGAAGGACAGGAGUGUAAGGGCUGAACCUGGUGAGGUGACAACCAGUGGUUCUCAGGUUGGAGAGAACUGUUCUGUCACAUAGAUGAGGUGCCUCCCAAGGCCAUCCAGAGAAGGUUUUGACUUAUGCAUUCUACUGUAGCAAAUAAUCUCUGUGUAUACGGCUCUAUUCGUAUUGCAAUAAAGAGCCCAAACUUGCCAUGUCAUGCCUAUGAAUCUUCUACUGAGUAAGCCUUUUCCUGAAUAUGGAGUUAACUGUCUGGAGAGGCAAGAUUUGCUGCCAAGCUCCGGUGUGAAGCCUAAUAACUACUUUCCUUUGAGUAAAACUCUUUAAUGUCAGGUGCCUUCUUCAGACUCUUGACAGGUGUCCAUACACAACAUGCUUCAUACCCUAUAGAGACAGACCUGAAUGAUCGCCAGUACUCCUGGUUUCCAUACUCCGUAUUGUUAAAGUUGAUUAGGAUCCAUUUGUGAGCCUUUAGCCUGCCCUUUGCUUCACUGUUGCACCCUGGCCACUGUAGGAACGCCCCAGGAAGUGUUCAUGUGAGGGAUGAAGAUGCCAAUCUCGAGAUGUGUCUACGUGUCGUAUUUUCCUUCAUCAAUUGCAGAAGACAAUGGGGUAGCUUAGUUCACGUAAACAGUACCUUAUGUUGGCCACACAUUCAGAAGUAGCUCUAUUUCCAAAGGACAGGUGUGGGCCACUGGAACUCUAAUUAGAGUUAAAUGGGUCAGGGAACUUGGCUUGUGGUUUUUUGUGGUUCCUUUAUGCAUAGCUCCUGCUGGUUGUUGUUGUUUUUUUUCUCUCUUAGGCAGCCAAAUGCAUUCCAGACAGCUUAGUCUAAAAAUCCAUUAGCCUAGCCAAUGGCCAGCAUUGAUGGAAAUUGUAUUGCAGAGUCUGGCAACUCCCAGGUUGGGGAAAAUUGCUCUAGGAUUGUGCAUUUUCAUUCCUAGUUGUAUUUUGGUUGUUGUUAAAAGCAUUUCUUCUCUGGAAAGAUUUCUUGAGAAUGAUUGAAACAGAAUUGCACUCUGCACAAUUAGAGAUUAUGGUAUUAAGUGGAAAAAGAAUGGCAAUGCAACACCAUAGCUUAGUAUUUACAUUUAAUAUUGUAUCUUCAUAGGAAGCAAGGAAUUUUCACCUUAUGUGUUGCUUUAAAUGCAAUCAUCUGAAAAAAAUAUUAGGUGGGUGACAGAUAAAUCAUGAUGGACUAGACCUAGGCAAGUGUUACACGGUGUUUGAUGGGUUGGGGAUUGCAAAUCAUGUCCUUCGGGAAGCUGGAAUGAACUCAUGGGGAAGUUGUUUUCACGACAGGGAUUUCAAGGGUGGGAAUAUGAUCAGGAACCCUCUAUAAAAUAAACCUUUUGAAUCUUCACUUUUAACUCUCCCAAUUCAAAAAAAAAAAAAAACACCCUAAACAGUGUGGGCAAUUUCCACUCUAAAAUGGCCCAAAUUUGACUGCACAACAAUCUUUGCAUUGUGGGGAUUGAAAAUGACCUUGGCUCCGUACUGCUUCUAUUCAUACCCUUAAUUUUGCAAGCUAUCUAGAGGGGCUGGUGGAAAAGGAGGCACAUGUGAUUUGCCCACCCAUAACUAAACCAAAAUCCUAUCUUGUCCAGCAUUUUGGUCUGACACAGCCUGAAAGGAAGCCUAAGAGAAGGCUUAGAUUUGCACUGUAAGAUCUUAAGCAAAUGACUAGGAAACUUAGCUCUAACAUCUCCAGAGUACUGGAGCCCUUUCUAGCCUAGGACCUCUUUGAAUUCCUAAAAAACCUUGAAGAAUAAGAUCCCUGAGAGUAAAUAAUGGGCAUGCAGAUGUUUUAAAAUAUUCAGUUGGAAAAAAUCUGUCUCAUAUGUUGACUAGGAGAACAGCGUCAUGAGCAAACCUCAUGUUUUGGGUAUUUUAUGGGCAUGUCUGAGGCCUAAUGACUUUUCUUAAGGGUGAGUUACAAUAAUUAUAGCCUCCUAGAUAGUCAAUGAUAAGUUAUAAGAUUCUGGAGACAAGUCUCCAGUAGCUCUAUGCAAUCAGUUUGCUUGCAAAUAAGCACAGAAGAAAGUCCUGGAAGAAUCUCUUCAGCCAUAGCUGGAAAUGUGGUCACCAAGAGUGAACUUCGUGUUACAGAGAUGUCUGGUUUCUUUCUUUAAUUUGGCAAAUGAAAGCAGUUUUGAAGAGAGAAACCUCCUCAGGUGGCAUCACAUGAAGGGAAAUGACUGCCAAUGACUUUGAAGUGGAUGGAAUAAACCAAAGUGGGUGAAAACUAGUUUUUAUCACACUUGCUGAAUGCCUUUUUCAAAAGCAGAUCUUCACGUGUAUCUUCAAAUGAAGUAUGUAACCCAAGAAAUCAAUAGCCCCAUUAUAAAUGCCUCCUUUUAAAAAAAUGCUCCUAAGGUUAAUUAUUUAAUACAGGGAUUGCUCUCUCAUUGUAUGGACAGUCCAAUUUUGUCCAUACUUAGAAAAAGCCGAUCAUUGGAAAGUGGUAGAUGUACACUUAUAGACCUGUAUGCAGUCUGUACUGGGCUGUAGGUUCCUAUUCUGGGGUGGAUACUAAUGGAAGUGUCCUCAAGAUAGAAGUUUGCUCAGCUCUAAUUUUCUAGAAAAAUCACUUCUACCCAAGACAGUUGAAAUGAAUGGCAGAGGUUAAGAAGCACUCAGAUCACAGGUGUCCUCCAGACUUCAGUACUGUGAGAGGUUAGAAGUUAUACUUAAACUAGCUAGUUCUUUAUAUUAGCUGACAGUAGGAUUUUUAAAAAGGUACCGAUUAGCUGAAACUGCUGGUGAAUAAUAAAAUUUGAUUUAGAUGAAAAGUUAUCUGUUUUGAUUCUUUGGGACAGCAUAGGUCAGUUCCAUUUUAAGUUCCAAAUAGGCAGGCUUGUUCAUGGGAACUUUAAGAACAAUCUUGUUCUAGUAUAAUCUUUUCAAAAAGUUGAGUUUAAAAAUGUUUUUUGGUGAGGUGGAGAAAUGAGCAAAAGCUGUAUCUUCUUUCUGUAUGGAAAUCUUGGUAUUAUGGGCUGGGACUGUUGUUGGGGGCAGUAGUGAAUACGCUUCCUUCCAGCUUCCCAACUACUUCGCAUUCUUGCACUGAAUAGGCUGAUUUGAACAUAAACUAUUUCCGUUUAAAAUGCCAGGCCGUGUUGACCUUUAGAUUUGACCUGCUACACUGUCCCUUCCGCUUUCUUGCCAUUGCUUGACAUGAAGACUAGAUGAGCUGGCCAAAAUUCACUAUUAGAACCAAAGCUUGAUAGAUAACAAACUGGAGUAGGCCAGCAUCUAAACCAUCAUUUGAAAUGGCUUUCAGACUCUGAAUUCUACCAAACUUAUGCCUUCUUUGGAUGUAAUGGGAAACUGUGGUCAGGAAGCCUUCAGCUGGUGCAUGGCAAGCAGGGAAGGAAUAGCAUGUGCUUGCUCAAGUUUUCCCGUGGCUUUGUGUGUCAAAAUAUGUUAUCUCUGAACCUGGCUAUUAAGUACUUUAUAAAACUCUGACCUGUGACUGGUCUUCAGCUGCAGAACCAUAGAAGCAUUACAGGAUAUCCUAUUGUUCAAGCUUUAAUUACGUGGUAUUUGAGGGUGCAAUACUUCCUAAAGAUUUCAGAUCAUGCAAAACAUUCUCAUCUACCACCCUGUUGUCAAUAUUGUAACUCUCAUUUCUUAGACAGACUGUGGAUUUGUACCAUAUUGUAUUUAUUCCAUUCAGAAUUUCUUUUUUUUUUUUCCUUAAGUUUUUCUUUCAGGCUGUGUAUAUAUUGACAUUAAAGUUUGCAUUGUACUACAUUA